AUGGCGCUCGCGGCGCCGGCCUCGGACGCCAAGCCGCGCCUCAACGUGCCACCGGCCAUGGCGGCCGCGCUCCGCCUCGACCCCGUGGGGCUGGGGGCGGGGCCCUCGACGCCGUCCCCCUCCCGCCGCCUCGCCGAGCCUCCCAAGACGCCCUCCCCAUCCAAGACCACCUACAGCGACCGCUUCAUCCCCUGCCGCUCCUCCUCCCGCCUCCAGAACUUCGCGCUCCUCGACUCCCCUCUCUCCCCGGCCAAGGACGACACGCCCUACUCCCGCCUCCUCCGCGCCGAGCUCUUCGGCCCUGAUUCGCCCAAACCCACCACCGCCACCUCCGCAGCAUCCGCAUCGCCCAACACCAACCUCUUCCGCUUCAAGAAAGACCACUCCGCGCCCACCUCCCCCUUCGCCAAAGCCGCCGCCGCCGCGCACCAUGACUGCACCGCGGGCUCCGGAGACGCGCCGUCGCCGCAGAAGCCACCCAGGAAGGUCCCCAAGACGCCGCAUAAGGUCCUGGACGCACCCUCCCUGCAGGACGACUUCUACCUCAACCUCGUGGACUGGUCCUCGCAGAACGUGCUCGCCGUCGGCCUCGGCACCUGCGUCUACCUAUGGUCUGCGUCCAAUAGCAAGGUCACCAAGCUCUGCGAUUUGGGGCCCAGGGACAGCGUCUGCGCCGUGCAUUGGUCACGGGAAGGCUCUUAUCUUUCCAUUGGCACCGGCCUUGGAGAUGUCCAGAUUUGGGACAGUUCUCGCUGUAAACGGAUUAGAAAUAUGGGAGGUCACCAAACACGGACUGGAGUAUUGGCAUGGAGCUCAUGCAUCUUGUCCUCAGGUAGCAGGGACAAGAACAUAUUGCAGCAUGACAUCCGCGUCCCCAGUGACUAUAUCAGCAAGUUUUGUGGUCAUAGAUCAGAGGUUUGUGGACUCAAAUGGUCACAUGACGACCGUGAGCUUGCCUCGGGCGGAAAUGACAACCAGUUAUUAGUGUGGAACCAACGAUCGCAACAGCCAGUGUUGCGGUUGACAGAACAUACAGCCGCUGUUAAAGCAAUAGCGUGGUCACCACAUCAGCAAGGACUCCUGGCAUCAGGAGGUGGAACAGCUGAUAGAUGCAUCAGGUUUUGGAACACGGCUAAUGGAAAUGUUCUGAACUCAAUUGACACAGGCAGCCAGGUUUGCAACCUUGCGUGGUGUAAAAAUGUGAAUGAGCUUGUGAGCACACAUGGGUAUUCCCAAAAUCAAAUCAUGGUGUGGAAAUAUCCAUCCAUGUCAAAGGUUGCAACUCUAACCGGACAUACAAUGCGUGUGCUUUACCUUGCGUCGUCGCCUGAUGGACAGACAAUAGUAACAGGAGCAGGCGACGAAACUCUACGGUUCUGGAACAUAUUUCCAUCAGUUAAAACACAGACUCCUGUGCGUGAUAUUGGGCUCUGGUCAUUCUCAAGAAGCCACAUCCGGUGA